UCCAUCCAUCCAUCCAUCCAUCCAAGCAAAGCCAGGUGAGUGACAGCGUCGUCACAAACCACCCAUCCAAGAAGGCAACAAGGGCUCGAUGACGCCCGAGGACAAGGCGUAUGUGGACAAGCAUGACCUGGACAACCUGAUCCAGGCCAUGAUGAUGGCCAUGCUUCGCAGCAAGCCCAAGGACCCCAUCCACUUCCUGAUCCAGAAACUGUCCAAGCUGCUCAAGAAGCGCGAAGGCUCCUCGGCGCCUCAGCUAUCAAAAGCAGCAGCAACAGUGGCGACAACGUCCGCGGUCGCCAGGCGCCUGCGCCGUUCUGCGCGCCAGGGAAGCGGCAGAUCCACGCCAUCAGGCAGCAGCAAGCCGUCCUCGAAAGCCAGCCGCCUGAAAAAGCGCCCCACGGGGCUGCACCUGGACAACGACAACGACAACGACAGCAACGAGGAUGAGCGCGACAAUGCUAUGGAUCCCACACAGGCAGUACAGCGAGGCACAAACGCUGCGGCCCUGGCGGAGAUGCUGGAGGAAGAGGAGGCGCCCCCGCUAUCAUCCAAAACGCAAAAGGGCAACAACGCGGAUGCUGCCAGCGACACGUCAUCCGAGCACGGCGACGACGCCAGCGCCGAUGCGGCCGCUGACGCGGCGCGUUCGGAGACCGAGACUCAUCACAGCCCAAAGGAAGUGCAGCAAGGGAAAGGCAGGGACAUGGAGGUGACGCGACAGGCGCUGGCCAUGCUGUCGGAGGGCGAAGGCGAGUCCACAGAUGCUGCUGAGGAAGACGCAGCGGCAGACACUGACAGUGGUAGCGGCGGCGAUGCCGCCAUGGUGACUGGUGGCGGUGCUCGCGGCCGCCGGCAGUCCAGCGUUGGCGCACCCUCCAUGUGCAACCCCAUUGUUCAUUGCCCCAACUGUGGCGCGACCAUCAGCAACAGCGGCAGCACGGCUACCGUGGUGGCGCCGAAGCGGGGUGCGGCGGGCCUGUGGAGCACGGCCGGCAACGCGGUUCGCUUCACCACCGCCCUGCACAACGCCACGCUGCGCCGCAUCCACGACCCGCACGCCACCUUGCGCUUGAAUGAGCACGACGCAGAGGAGAUGGGCUUCGGUGAGGACGACGACAACGACAAACAGCACGCGUCCAUGCAAAGCGGCGGGCUCAGCUCGCUGCUGAAGACGCAGCGGAAGAAGCCCAGCGGCGGGGCUGGCACCUCACACACCCGAGAUCCACGACAGCGGCGGGCCGUCCCCAUCAGCGACGACGACACCACGGCAAACGAUGACGAGGACGACGACGAUUUUAUUGCCGACAGCGUGUAUGGCGGGGUUGGCGUUGGCCCGAAGCGACGCAACAGGUCUCGCCCCAACUCGCGCACAUCGCGCAGGCAGCCCGCACAGCGGCACGCCGACCUCGUGUCCACGUGGAAGAGCGGGGCGCAAACGCCUACCAACGGCGGCGGGGACGAAGAUGACGAGGACGAGUACGAGGAUGUCAUGAGCAUUGCAACCGGUGUUGAUGCAGAUGAUGAACUGGAGGCGUUUUUCCGCUCACACUGA